GAGAAGUGGCGCGUCUGCGAGGUGGAGUCUGAGAGGCAUGGCGUCUGAGAAGCGGGGCUUGUGAGAGGCCGGGUGUCCAGUCUGCAGAGUGUGACUUCCCAGGACUGGUCUGAGGUCAAGGUGCCCACGUCACCUGACUUCCUUCCCACAUUCCUGCCUGCUGUCCCUGACCACAGUCAUCAUGCCUCGGGGUCGAAAGAGUAAGCUCCGAGCCCGGGAGAAACGCCGCCAGGCCCAAAGUGAGACCCAGGAUCUUCAGGGUGCUCAGGCCACUGCACCAGAGGAAAAAGAGUCCCCUUCCUCUUCCUCUCCUGUUCUGGGGGUCACUCCCCCCAGGUCCCCUGCUGGUGGCAUUCCCCAGAAGCCUCAGGGAGCCCCUCACACCCCCACUGCUGCUGUGGGUGUUUCCCGCAAGAGAUCUGGUAAAGGUGCCAAGGGUAAAGGUGAGGGAAGAAAAAAUUCUUCCCAGGCCUCAACCUCCACUGAGAGCUUACAGAAGGAUCCUUUAAUCAGAAAGGCAGUAAUGUUAGUGCAGUUCCUAAUGUACAAGUAUAAAAUGAAAGAGCCCAUUAUGAAGGUAGAGAUGCUAAAGGUUGUCAGCAAAAGGUACAGGGAGCAUUUCCCUGAGAUCCUCAAAAGGGCCUGUGGGCGCAUAGAGCUAGUCUUUGGCCUUGACUUGAAGGAAGUCAACCCCAGAAAUCACUCCUAUACUCUUGUCAGCAAGCUAGAUCUCUCCGAUGGUGGAAGCCUGAGCGAUUGCUGGAGACUUCCUAGGAAUGGGCUUCUAAUGACUCUCCUGGGUGUGAUCUUCUUAAACGGCAUGUGCGCCUCUGAGGAAGAGAUCUGGGAAUUCCUGAAUCUGUUGGGAGUCUAUGAUGGGAAGAGGCACUUCAUCUUUGGGGAUGCCAGGAAGCUCAUCACCCAAGAUCUGGUGAAGGAAAGGUACCUGGAGUACCAGCAGGUGCCCAACAGUGAUCCUCCAUGCUAUCAAUUCCUGUGGGGUCCAAAAGCCUAUGCUGAAACCAGCAAGAUGAAAGUCCUGGAGUUUUUGGCCAAGGUCAAUUAUACUAAUCCUAUUUCCUUCACACACCUUUAUGAAGAGGCUUUGAGAGAUGAGGAAGAAAGAGUUCAAGCAAGAGCUGCAGCCGGAAGUGGCACUUCUGCCAAAGCCAGUCUGGGUUCCAGGGCUGAGUCUAGCAGUUGCUCUCACCCCUAGUGACGUCUGUGGCACAUUCUUCACUUUCUGGUUGAGAAGGCCUGUUACCUUCUUUGUUCUUGUUUUGCGUGAAUAACUUACUGACUAAUUUCUUUUGUGUGAGUGUGUGUGCGCUUUCAACUGGUGUUGCUUUCAGAAUAUAAGCUUAUGAAUGGCA